AUAUGCAGGCACUGAUCGGUUCCAUCUUCUGCCGUGAUGAACGAGCCACUUCGAAGCAUUCUGUUGAGCUGCACAACCAGUAGCCUGCAGGCUGCAGCUCCUUUCCAUUGCUGCUGGAGUGCUAGUGCCCGGUUCCUUUCUCAUGGAGUGAUGCAAUUGGAGGACACAGAGAAGUGGGCAAAGGAGCCGGUACCGCGGGCCAAUGGACGGCGGCGCCUUUUUCAACUAAUCCGCGCAAGCCAUCGCCACCGAUUCACAGUGGCAGAGCAGCUGCUGCAUCACUUGCCGGCCUCCGCAGUUGACCGCACUCCUCGUCUCCACCCACCCAACUCCCCAUCCCCAUGGCGCCGGAAGCGGAGGAGAGCCCACACGUCGUCCUCUUCCCCUUCCUCGCGCGCGGCCACAUCCCCGCGUUCCUCCGCCUGGCCGGCCUCCUCCGCGCGCUCCGCCCGGGGCUAGUCGUCACCCUCGUCUCCACCCCGCGCCUCCUGGCCACCCUCCCGCCGGCUUCCCCUCCCGUCCGCUUCCACGCGCUCCCCUUCGCGCCCACCGAGCACGGACUGCCCCCCGGCGCCGAGUCCCUCGCCGACCUCCACGUCCACCAGUUCAUCGACUUCUUCCGGGCCACCGAGUCGCUCCGCCCCGCGUUCGAAGAGUUCGUCUCGGGCAUCCGGUCCACCGUCUGCGUCAUCAUCGCCGACGCCUUCUUCGCGUGGACAGCCGACGUCGCGCGCGCACGGGGCGCGUCCCACGCCGUGUUCCUCCCGGGGGGCGCGUUCGGAAACGCCGUGUUCUUCUCCGUGUGGGAGCACCUCCCGCACUCCCUCACGACGGCCGACGAGUUCCCGCUGCCGGACUUUCCCGACGUCGUCCUCCACCGCACGCAGAUCCCGAGGUACAUUCUCGCCGCUACGGGGGCGGACCCCUGGACGGCCUUCUUCCGGCGGGUCAUCUCCUUCUGCCGCAAGACCGACGCGGUCCUCGUCAACACCGUCCUGGAACUUGAAACCCCCGGCCUAGACAUGCUCCGAAGAAGCUUUGGCGUCCAGCCAUGGCCGAUCGGGCCAGUCGUUGCAUUGCCGACUCCAUCAGAUUCGCAGGAUGACACUGCCAUCAUCCAGUGGCUCGACGCGCACUCGGCGCGCUCGGUGCUGUACAUAUCGUUCGGGUCGCAGAACAGCAUCAGCGCGAAUCAGAUGACGGAGCUGGCUCUGGGGCUGGAGGCGAGCGGUCGCCCCUUCCUCUGGGCGGUCCGCCCGCCGCUGGGGUUCGAUGCGAAGGACGGUUUCAAGCUCGAGUGGCUCCCGGCCGGCUUCGAGGAAAGAACGGCGCGGGCCAAGACGGGGCUGCUCCUGCGCGGGUGGGCGCCGCAGGUGCGGAUCCUGGCGCACCCGUCGACCGGCGUGUUCCUGACCCACUGCGGGUGGAAUUCCAUCCUCGAGAGCCUCUCCCACGGCGUGCCGCUACUCGGGUGGCCGCUGGGGGCGGAGCAGUUCUUCAACGCGAAGCUGGUGGUGGAGUGGGGCGUCUGCGCGGAGGUGGCGCGCGGGAACCUGGAGAGCUCGACGGUGUCGAGCGGGGAGGUGGCCGAGGCCGUGGGGACGGCGAUGGGGGAGACGGCGAAGGGUGGGGAGAUGAGGAGGAAGGCGGCGGAGGUCGCGCGCGCGAUGGCGGCCGCGUGGGAGCCGCGCGGCGGGCCGUCGGCGGAGAACUUGGAGGGGUUCCUGAAAUGCGUCUCGCUUUGAGACUGGCACAGUGAGAAAUCAACCGUGUGUAAGCUGUAACAUUGGAUUUGGAUGACUGAAAGCAGUAGAAUUCUUGUUCCUGUGAUACACAUGCGAAGUCUGUACGGAAUUUGGGAUGCCGAUGAGAGUUUUAAAAGGCACCGACUCAAGAUGCUGCGCCAAAAUACUAUCUAGGCCCUACGAGAAGUUCUUGUUUGCCACUUUGCAGCCGUGAUCGUCGCCCUCUACAGGAGCACGGCGGUGAUGGCGUACGUCCUGUUGGUCGCGCCGUCGGAGGCAGUCUGCGCGUUGGCCACUGACGGCGCCACAGUGCUCCACCUCGCCGCGGGAGCGUCCGCGGACGUGCUGGCCUUCUUCAGGCUCUGCGCCGGUGACCUCCCCCGCUAUAACGCCGUCGAGAAGGGCAUGUGCGACCUUGCCCUGAGCUCCGCAAGGGUGACAACUGACAA